AUGGCGAAUAAGCCUUUGAUUCUUGCCUUCUUCAUCUUCCUUCCUCUUUGCCUUUCACUUCCAUUGCCCGAACUGCCCGAACUGCCCCGAGUUUCUCCGUUUGCAUUUCUCAAUGACCUCCAAGGGUGCAAGAAAGGUGACAAUGUCAAAGGCAUAUCCAAGCUCAAGAACUUCUUCCACUAUUACGGUUACUUAAAUCGCAGAACGAACGUUACUAGUUAUAUGAACGAUGAUAACGAUGUCUUUGAUGAUCACCUCGAAUUUGCCAUCAAAACCUACCAACAGUACUUCCAUCUUAACCCCACUGGAACCUUGAAUCCCGAGACGAUAUCCCAACUUGCAACUCCUCGGUGCGGCGUUCCAGAUAUUGUUAAUGGAACUACAGGUCGACUGUUGUUUGAACAUGAUGAUGAUGAUGAUGAUGAUCGUGUCCAUCACUAUCACCUUCCUCAUGUCGUGUCUCAUUACGCUUUCUUCCCUGGAAAGCGUAGGUGGCCAUCUUCGAAAUAUCGUCUCACGUACGCAUUUCUUCCCAGUACUCGUAAAGAUGCUAAAGCGCCUGUGACUCGAGCGUUCGCUACGUGGGCUCGAUACACUCAUUUCAAGUUUUCUUUGACUACAAACUACAAAAGAGCUAACUUGAAGAUUGGGUUCUAUAAAGGCAACCAUGGAGAUGGGUAUCCAUUUGAUGGGCCCGGUGGGACAUUGGCUCAUGCUUUUGCACCAACUGAUGGGAGGUUCCAUUAUGAUUCAACUGAAAAAUGGGCUGUUGGGGCUGUGAAAGGGCGAUAUGACUUACAAACGGUGGCAUUGCAUGAAAUUGGACAUCUUCUUGGGCUCGGACAUAGCACGGUUAAAAACGCUAUCAUGUAUCCUUAUAUCAAGUCCGGGACGACCAAGGGCUUGAACGCCGAUGAUAUUAAAGGAAUCAAGGUUCUAUACAACAGACGUUAAACAAGUAUCUCCUACAAUGCUAUGAUAUUGUCCACUUUGAGUAUAAGCUCUCAUAACUUCCUCAAAAGGCCUCGUACCAAUGGAGAUGUAUUCCCUCACUUGUAAACCCACGAUCAUUCCUUAAAUUGGUCAAUGUGGGACAUCCGCAUCUAUUUUACUCGUAAGAUAAUCUAUUGUAUCUUGGUAUUAUUUUAAAUAUUCUUGGUUGUUUUUCGUCGUUUAUGUAAACGUGUCUACUGAUGGAAUAAGUAUUCAAAUGUAACAUUAGGGUAUUAAAUUUCGUCGUUAUAUAUUUCCAUAUUUUCGUGGGUUCGUCAACGAUUUAAUGAUUAAAUUUAUAUGUUUUUAUUG